AUGAAGUACACCACCCCCCUCAUCCUCUUCAUCGCGGCCCUCACCACCGCCAACCCCGUCACCUCCCCCUCCGCCAACGCCAUCACCUCGGCCACCCCGCUCGUCGCCCGUGACCCCAUCUGCGACAAGUGCAACAAGGAGUUCGAGGACUGCCAGAAGCCACCCCCAUCACCGCCCCCGACGCCAGCCCCAUCGCCGCCCCCGUCGCCGCCCCCCAAGAGACCUUACCGCCCGUCCAAGUCCCCACCUGCGACCAGUGCAAAGAUCAAUUCGAGCACUGCCUUCGUGUAA